UUAACACCAGUGACGCGAGUACAAUAAAAGUGAAUACAAAAAUAUAUCAACUUAGUCUUGCUAAAUGGGUAACACCAGUGACAGUUACGGAGCUAUUCAACGGUACUGAAUCCAUUUUUGCAAUUGAUGGAGCAGUAAAUGAAGAGUCAAAUGAAUCAUUAAAUGAAGCAAUGAUCGAAGAUUAUCAAGAUAGUGAUAUUAAUCACGGUCCUCAAGAUGGUAUUAGUCACAGUUAUCAAGGUGAUAUUAUUCACAGUUAUCAAAAUAGUAUUAGUUACAAACUCGCAUUUGACACAGACUCUUCUGAUGAAGAAUCAGAUGUUUCUUUACUUAAAAUAGCUAUAUGUUAA